AUCCACUCCAUAAUUUUCCAGCGUAUAACCCUUCUCUCUCCCUUUUUUCUUCUUUCUAUCUCUUCCCCCUCUUUCUCUCUCCUCUUUCUAGGGUUAGGGUUUACUUCUUCCGCUUGACCAAGGAUUAUCAAAGCUCUUUCAAUGUCGAGUCCGACUCCUGUUUCUAUCUACAAUUGCUCGGUAUCUUCUCUUACAACUUUUUAGAUCAAGUUAUGACUUGAUUGAGUUUUUUAUCUGGGUGGCAGUGUUGGAUUUGACAUGUAUACCGUUCCAGAUAAUGGAAAUACGGACACUUAUGUGAUGCCAGGUACGGAACUGAACCAGCGUUUACCUAGUCCAGCUUUUGAGAACUUUGAAAUGAUGGCUAGUGAUGGAUCUGCCGAGUAUUUUGUUGAUCCGAGCAUGUAUUAUCCUUCUGCCUCCGGUUAUAAUUACUAUUAUACUGGAUUUGAGUCACCCAGCGACAUGGGAGACCACCAUGCAGUUCUUGCUUUAGAUGGUGCAGAUAUGCAGUAUGCGGGUGCCCAAAUAGAAAAUUCGCCUUAUGUAUACUAUACACCUAGCUAUGGAUUUGGAGAUUCUCCAUUCAACCCUUAUAAUCCUUACAUACCUGGUGCGAUGCUAGGAGUUGAUGGCUCAUUUGUGGGAACACAACCUUACUAUGCUGUUCCACCUUAUCCCAAUCCCGCCUCCUCAUCUGGCUAUUUUCCUGUUCUUGUCCAACCUACCCCAGAUGUUGCUGCAAAUGGAUCGCGAGACACUAUGCCAGAUGUUGCCUCAUCCACCAUAACUCAAACAAAUGGCUCUAACACAAAGCGCUCACAUUCUUCCUCUCCUGCAACUUUUUCCAUGAAUCCUUCAAAAGCUGCUUCCAGCCAGACACAUGCAUCUGCUGGAACAUCACAAAGCUCAAAAGUUAGUACAGGAACAAGCAAACGUCCUCUGAGCAGUCGGAAUAAUGGGUCUAUUGGGUCAGUCCAUGGUGCUUCAUCACAUAUGCCACAGGGUGCAAAUUCUUCAGGCUUGAUGCAAUCUACAAGGGAUAAUUCAUAUGGAAAGCUUCUAUCUCAAGCUAAUCAAGUGAAAUAUUCAUUUUCUAUGGGUAAUGGUUUGGCUGACUAUGGAGCUAGCAGCAAUGGCCAAACUGUUUUAAAUGACCCUUGGUCCAAAAUUUAUUUCAGAAGACCCUAUAAUGAUAGUAAUGGGAACCUUGAUCAAUUGGGUGAGCAGAAUCGAGGACCAAGAAUCAACAAAUCCAAAAAUCAAUUUGUUGUAAAAGCCUACUCCACAAGGGCCGGGAAUUGUAAUGCUGAAGGAAAUAUUGUAAUUUAUGCUGAUCAGUACAACAAAGAUGAUUUUCCUGUGGACUAUGCCAAUGCAAAGUUUUUUGUCAUAAAAUCUUACAGUGAGGAUGAUGUUCAUAAGAGUAUCAAGUAUAAUGUUUGGUCAUCUACACCCAAUGGGAACAAGAAGCUAAGUAGUGCCUAUGAAGAUGCUCAGAAAUUAGCUGCUCCACCAGGAGGCUGCCCAAUUUUCCUCUUCUUUUCUGUCAAUGCAAGUGGCCAAUUCUGUGGUGUUGCAGAGAUGGUUGGUCCUGUUGACUUUGAUAAGGAUAUGGACUUUUGGCAGCAAGAUAAGUGGAGUGGGAGCUUCUCUGUCAAAUGGCAUAUUAUAAAAGAUGUGCCAAACCCCACUUUUCGCCACAUUAUACUGGAAAACAAUGAGCAUAAGCCUGUGACUAAUAGCAGAGACACACAAGAGAUAAUGCUCAAGCAAGGUUUGGAUAUGCUUAAGCUUUUUAAGAACUUCUCUUCAAAAACAUCAUUGUUGGAUGAUUUCAUGUACUAUGAAAAUCGUCAGAAAAUCAUGCACGACGAGAGGGCUCGUAUAUUUCGUAGGACAAAUGGGCAUGCACAUUCCAUUGAAGCUCCUCUUAAGUUUAAUUCUGUGCUGGAUCAUUCCCAGAAAUUAGAUGAUGGAGGAACUUGGAUUGAGAAAGUUGCACAGCCUAGUAAUUCAGGUGGCAUAAAAACUGUGAUCAGGACUACAGAAGUGUCUUCAAGUGGCAGCGCUCAUGUGUCUGAUGUUGCUAACAUGGUUAAGGAAUCAUCGGAACGAACAGGUGAUGUUUCUACUUUGAAGAUUGGUUCUUUAAGUAUUCAUCCUAAGCCAAGUGAACGUCGAUUACAAGCACCUGCUACGACAAUCACCGCUGAAACUCCUAAAACUACAAGUACAGCUAACGUUUUGACUGUUGGCUCCAUGCCAAUUAAAGUUGAAGAAACCAAGCAAACAUCGGAAAUACUUACUAUUGGGACGAUUGCGCUUGACCCUAAGGCAUUGCAGCAUGGAAAGGUGACUAGUUUUUUGAAGGGAGGUAUGCGGAAGUAAAUAUGGUUGGUUUCAUGUCAAGCAGCAAUGUGGAGUUAUCUGGGUGUGCAUAAUGCGGUUGAAUCCUUAACGUUGUUGAGGGCCUAGUUUUUGUUUCCGUCUAAAAUGAGUGUACCAUACAUCCUUACUGAAGUCCUGUCGCAAUAGCAGUAGGAGAAUACCUUGAUUUUGUCCCUGCAUUUCUCAUUAUCUUUUUUUGUUCGAGAGAAGGGUUCGUUUGGAUGUAGGGAAAGGUUACAAAUUGAAGUAUUGUGGAGGAUUUAAUUUUUGGUUGAGGAGGAAGUAUUUUCUUUUGGGGUAUUUUAAGGUUCUUAAUUCUUAUACUUGAUGUAACAAUUUGAAGUCUUGAUUUUUGUUGGCAAAAUGUUGCUGAAUGCUGAUGGCUCCUGUUAAUUUUCCUAAUGUUCAAAAUACAAUGUCUUGGAAGAGAUUUUCAGGUCUUA